AGGAAGUGACUCAGUGCAGCGUGCAGAACAUCACCUCGCAUUCCUGCAGCGUCGUCUGCACGCCAGGCUUCGAUGGGGGUUUGCCGCAGCGCUUCUUGCUUCAGAUAUGGGACUCGAAGAUGAGUGAACAGGUUGUGAACGUGUCUGAGACGUGGCCCGAAUUUGCUAUCCGCGGUCUGUCCGCGGGCCACAACUACACAGCGACGGUGACGGCGUACAACAGUCGCGGCAGCGCCCCCGCUGCGCACGUGCUCAUCUUCACCGGAACUGAGGCGCAGAUGCAUAAAAGCUUGCCCUCGCGUAAGCCUCCCUCCCCGAUGACCCUGGUGAUGGGCGUCAUUUGCGGCGCCCUGCUCGUAUUGGGCCUCAUGCUCAUAGCCAUGUGGGCCUUAAGAGGCCGCAGACGACAAGGCCCGUGUCCUCAGCCUUCUCCAGGUGGUAGGCCUCAGGACACACGAAGUAUCGUCGUUGGCUCAGGAGGCUUAGGCAUGAGCGUCAAAUGUAACCUGGAUACCAAAGAAAAGUUCGAGGUCUCUGAUAUUCAGAAGCAUGAGAAGGCAGGACGAGGCUUGCGAGCCAGACGCCAACCUGACCCUGACAUCCUCAAAUCUGGCACGUCGUUUGGAAGCGACGAGCAGCUCAGCUCGUCCGAGUCUUUGCCUCCACGUCUCUCGCCGCAUCUGCGAGACGCGACAAGCACCCCAGUCACACUCUUGCAGCUUUCUGGCAGUCGACCUCUCCUGGAUGGCUAUGGAGACUUGAGUCCACUUAGAGAGCGAGGGGACUCGCGGUCAAAGACUUCAGUUGGGGACAUUAUGAGUGGUGGGGACCUUUUGAGGAAUCCGGUGUCGGGAGAUCUCAUGAGGAAUCUCGAGUCUGCCGACCUUCUCCAGAGUCCUGGGUCUGGAGAUCUCCUGAUGAAUCCUGAAUCCCGAGACCUCUUAAGGAUUUCCGGGUCCGGAGAUCUACUGAGGAACCCUGGGCUUGGGGAUCUCCUGAGAACAAGAGACCUCCUAAAAGUCGGCGAGAUAUCCAUGCAUCCUCGCGGCUCAGUCGUCUUUUCCAGAGGGGUCUUGUCUGGAAGUCCGAUCCCACGAAGCUCAAACUUGAGUGGACUUAGAGACUCUCCGAGUCCCGUAAGAGGUGAGUCCAGUCCUCGAUUAAGAGGGGACUUGGGCUUCGACUCUUUAUCUGGUCGAGACGUGAGUAGUUGUUAUGGAACGCUGAGUGCGUCGCCUGGCGUGACGCAGCAUCUUCUGUCGGGCAGAGACAGUAUCCUCUGAAGAAAUUUCCGGUCUCAUUUUAACUUGCUUGAUGUUUUAAACGAUUUUUUACUUAAUCCCAUGUAAGUCCAUCUGUUGUGGACUUUAAACCAUAUAUCCGUUGAUGUGAAUGUUCCGUAAAUUAUUCUUCGCUGAUUCUCUAAUUGAACCAACUGAAAAUAAAUGUGAUGUAAAAUGUAAGCAGCAAAUAUUUUGCUAGGGCUCACUGGAAAAACUGUGUCUAUUGAGUGUGACUGUAUUCGCUGCUGAAUAAUGGUGUAGCCGAGCUUUCUAAGUCUAGUUAGAUAAUUCUAAAAUACUUUCUUGGUGUACUAUAAUGUUUUUCUGGUAGAUAAAGAUAUAGAUAAAUCUAUUUGGGAAAAACCUUUCAACCUUUCACCCAUUAU